ACUGUAAAUUUAAAUUUAAGAUCGAGCAUGCCUUGCAUAUUUAAUCAAAUAAUUCUGAUCUGAUGUCUAAAGCACGCGACUAGCAAUGUGAACUGGUUAGUUGGCUUGAUUUGCAUGAAGUUCCCCGUGUUUUGUUUUUAACAACGUUGCUUUCAAGAUUAGUUUGCUCGAAUCUGCCAUCAGACCACAUCGUAUAAUGCCGCAAUCAAAUCUCAAACUAAGUAAACACGAUCAGCAGGUGCUGGAGUCCAUUUUCAAUCCCCUUGAGCUGAGCGGUUUUCAAGGGGCGAAUAGCUUCGUGCCAUGUGAAUCAGAUCUGAAGGAUGGAUGUGUAGAGCCUGAAACCAAUGCCGUCAAAGCUUCCAAGGACCUUGAGCACCGGGCUAUUUGCUCGUCUGAAAAAGGAGAUGUACAAGAAGCGCUGGAUCUGUUCCAAAAAGCUCUGAGUCUUUCCGAAAGGGCUUCAGUAUUGAAUAACAGAGCCCAAACUUUUCGGCUGGCGAAAAGGGAUCAGGAAGCCAUGAAUGACUUGAACCGCGCUUUAAGCCUGGCCAAGGAGGUAGAGGCUCGCACCAAGUGCCACGCCCAUUGCCAGCGAGGGAUUCUAUAUCGCAAGCUGGACAAUUUGGAUGCUGCACGGUCCGACUUUGAGGCAGCUGCUAAGUUGGGCAGCAAAUUUGCCAGAGAACAGUUGGUGGAGAUAAAUCCUUACGCUGCUCUGUGCAAUCAAAUGCUUCGUCAAGCCUUCGAUCAACUAAAGUAGUCCAGUUCGAGGACCUAUGCUCUGAUUUGGAUAAAAGCCAAAGGGCUCGUUAACAUAAAUAAAAAUUAAUUAAGUCCGAGACGCGUUGUUGUCUGCGAUAAGGCGAGUGAGGUGGAUCGUCUGCUGGUUGCGGUGGGGAGCAUCAUGUGGCAAGCUGCAAAAAGUGGCACGUGCAGCGCAAGUGGUCCCCGUUUUAACUGGGCUUUAGGCCCCAGGUCGUGAGCACUCGGGGGGGCAGUUUUACACACAAGGAGCAGAUGAGCUCCCAAUCGAUUUAUUAAACCGAAGAUGUUAAUACACAUAAUAUUGGAUAUAAAAAUAUUUCACUAAUAGAAUAAAGUAGAAUCAUAAUUUUAA